AACAGCUCUCCUAUCGAGUGGCAAGUAAUCAACGCCAUCUACAGGCCAACCAUCCUCGUUAGGGCGUUAAUCAAUGCGAAACUAAAAGACCAGCCAUCACCAGCGCUAUAUACAUAAGCUCAGGCAGCUCCAUGCCAGCUUAACGCGGCGGCACGGCAGGGCAGCCAUGGAGGAGGAGGCGGCGCCGGUGACGGAGCUUGAGAUCCUUGGGGAGUGCCAGUACCCGGGCGAGCCGGCGGUGGUGCGGCCGAGCCGGCCCACGCCGCGGCACACGCUGCACCUCUCCAACCUCGACGACCAGCGGUUCCUCCGUUUCUCCAUCAAGUACCUCUACGUGUUCGCCGCCCCCGCCGCCGUGCCCGCCGGCGCCCUGCGCGCGGCGCUCGCCAGGGUGCUCGUCGACUACUACCCGCUCGCCGGCCGGCUCCGGCCCAGCGACGACGACGAGGGGAAGCUCGUCGUGGACUGCAAUGCCGAGGGGGCGCUCCUCGCCGAGGCCUGCCUGCCGGGGCUCACCGCCGCCGAGUUUCUCCGCGGCCGCGCCAGGCCGCACAAGUCGUGGAGGAAGCUGCUCUACAGGGUGGAGGCGCAGAGCUUCGUCGCCGUGCCACCUCUCGUCGUCCAAGUCACCCGGCUGGGCUGCGGCGGCAUGAUCCUCUGCACGGCCAUCAACCAUUGCCUCUGCGACGGCAUCGGCACGGCACAGUUCCUCCACGCCUGGGCCCGCGCCGCGCGCGCCGGCGAUGGCGCUCUGGACGACGGCAACGACCUGCCGGCGCCGCCGUUUCACGACCGGCGCGCCCUGCGCCCGCGCUGCCCGCCGCGCGUCGCCUUCACGCACCCGGAGUACAACAGCUGCGGCGGCAACGGCGCCGUCGCCAACGGAAACGGGAACGGGAACGAGGCGCCGAGCCUCCUGGGGCAGCCGCUGGCGCCCGUGUCGCUCACCUUCACGGCGGCGCACCUCCUCCGGCUGAAGCGCCAGUGCGCGCCGUCGCUCAAGUGCACCUCCUUCGAGGCCCUGGCGGCGCACGUCUGGCGCGCGUGGGUGCGCGCCCUGGACCCGCCCGGCGCGCUCCGCGUGAAGCUGCUCUUCUCCGUCAACGUGCGCCGCCGGGUGAAGCCCGAGCUGCCCCGGGGCUACUACGGCAACGGGUUCGUGCUCGGGUGCGCCGAGUCCACGGCGGCGCAGCUGACCUCCCCCUCCUCCUCCUUGGCCGCGCGCUACGGCGUGCGGCUGGUGCAGGAGGCCAAGGAGUGCGUGGACGACGACUACGUGCGGUCCAUGGUGGACCUCCUGGAGGAGCGGCGCGGUGCGCGGCCGGACCUGGCGGCGAGCCUGGUGAUCUCGUCGUGGACGCGGCUGGGGCUGGAGGACCUGGACUUCGGCGCCGGGACGGCCGCGCACAUGGGCCCGCUCACCAGCGAGAUCUACUGCGUGUUCCUCCCCGUGAUCGGCGAUCCGGACGGCACCACCGUGCUCGUCUCCGUCCCGCAGGCCGCCGCCGACCGGUUCCAGCAAUGCUGCCUCGGAUUCCUCAAGGACACGGACGUGGACGCAAAGCUGAUGAGCUGAGCUGAUUGAGCUUGCCGAUGAACUGAUCACUCCGACGUCAGAAGUGAAUUAAGAAUACUAAUUGCUCCGAUCGAAAGGGUUGGGUGAAAGAUCAUCCGGUGAUGAUCGUGAUGAGUAGCAAAUAGCAAUCAAUCAGUGUGCAUUGUCAUAGAGCACCUUUCUUUUUUUGUGUCAUCAGCUUGCUCCCUCGCUCGUGAUAGCUUAUUUGCUGCCAAUCAUGGCGCUCAUCUUGCGUUGUCGCUCCGCCAAUAAAGCUGUAAUCUUAAGUUGGAUCGGAAAAAUCAUGGUUUCAGAAGGGAAGAAGAAAAAGAAAGUUGCGGAAUCA